UAUCACCGGGUAUACAGACUCCAACUUGUCAACAACUUUAAGGGUUCAUUUGGACCUACAACGACACAAUAGAUAAACCAAAUUGUAUUAUCAUAGCGUCAAGGACUAAUGAAGACGUCAGACUUUACCUUCAUCCGUGCUCUGACUGCAUAACACCCACUACGCCACUUACCUCCGACGUAAUUACGGUGUCCGGUACAAAGCCACGUGAUAUCAGCUCGCGUUGACGAGAUAAGCACCCCCACUCUCAUCAUUUAUACACCUGUACUGGAUAAGGACAUCAAAGUUUGAAAGUUUUCACGAUGGCCAAGGAGGAUCCAAAAGAGCGGGCUCAGUGGGGUCGACAGAUCGAGUUCAUCUUCACCUUGGUUGGGUAUGCUGUUGGCCUGGGCAACGUGUGGAGAUUCCCAUAUCUGUGUUAUAAAAAUGGAGGAGGAGCUUUCCUUAUUCCCUACUUAAUAUGUCUGGUUUUUCUUGGCAUCCCUAUAUUUGGCCUGGAGGUUGCCUUCGGACAGUUUGGUGCAAAAGGACCAAUAAGCAUUUGGUAUAUAAACCCAGCGAUGAAAGGUAUUGGUUAUGCCGGAGUGUUGGUGUCGACUGUCAUCUGCAUUUAUUAUGACGUCAUCAUUGCCUGGGGACUUUACUAUUUAUUUGCCUCUAUGACGGAUGUGGUGCCAUGGUCGAAAUGUUCGCAAUGUGAAUGCCUUACAUACGGAAGAAAUAUCACCCCAGCUUAUGACAACGCCACCGGAAUUAACUGCACUGGCUGGCUGGGGGAUACAAAAUCAUCGAGUGAAUUAUACUACAGAGAUAUUGUGCUACAAGAAACGGCCAGUAUAGCGGAGACGGGGCAGAUCAACUGGCAGAUAAUGUUGUGCAACCUUCUCGCCUGGAUCAUCGUGAUGAUUGUCUUAGCCAAAGGGAUCCAGUCACUUGGAAAGGUUGUUUAUUUCACGGCCAUCUUUCCAUACAUCCUCCUGACAGUCCUUCUGAUUCGAGGAGCGAUGCUGGAUGGCGCUAUCGACGGAAUCAUCUUCUACCUCACCCCCAAAUGGGACAGGCUCACCGAUGCCACGGUAUGGAGCGACGCUGCUGUCCAGAUCUUCUUCUCGCUCAGCGCCUGCCAGGGCGGCCUUGUUGCCAUGGCAAGCUACAACAAAUUCUCCAACAACGUACUAAGGGAUGCCAUAAUGAUUCCAAUCAUAAACUGCCUGACGAGCUUCUAUGCUGGGUUCGUGGUGUUCUCGACACUGGGCUACAUGGCUAACAUACAGGGAGUACCUGUAGCCAAUGUCACGGCUGGAGGGCCCGGCUUAGCUUUCAUUGCCUAUCCGGAGGCCCUGUCUAACAUGCCCAUCACACCCCUAUGGUCCAUCCUGUUCUUCAUCAUGCUGUGCACCCUCGGCUUCAGUUCGCAAUUUUCCAUCGUUGAGACAGUUAUGACCGCCAUGAUCGACGAGUUUCCUCAAUAUAUCAGCACAAGGAAGAGACAGAUCUUAUUCCGACUUUGUGUCUGUUUGGGAGCAUUCUUAUUGGGCUUGCCAAUCGUUACACAGAGUGGGGCCUAUCUGCUGGAUCUUGUGGACACCUACAUCCUGGGCUUCCCGACACUUUUCAUUGCUUUCUUCGAACUGAUUGCCAUAUGCUACAUUUACGGUUACAGAAGCUUUGCCAAGGACGUAGAAGCCAUGGUGGGGAGACAGCCCUACAUUUACUUCACCGUGUGCUGGAUGGUCAUAUCGCCUCUACUGAUUCUGGCCGUGAUCGUUUUCAAAGGCAUCCAAUAUGAACCUCUAACAGCUAAAGGAGAACCAGUAUGGGCGGAGGUGAUUGGUUGGUUUGUUGCCAUGUCUCCGGUAGCAAUCAUUGUCAUAGCAUUCCUGUGGUACACUUGUCCUAAAGGCAUUUGGCAGAGGGUCGUUGUACUCAACAAGCAUACAGAAGAAUGGAGAGAGCGACGUAACUUGAGUACCUUCACACAUCUUCACGUGUCUACAACAGGCAGAAAUAAUCUUGGCUUUGCGACUGAAUCUAAGACGGCGUUUGGGAUGGACAGCAGUGCAGACAAACCGCCGAUAUCUAAAGAUGGCGGCCCGGAAGGUCACAUGGAAGAUCAAGAUAGCGGUUAUGUCCCUUACUCCCAGGACCCAGACAAAUUCUUGUAUGGAUAUGAAAAACAAACCUCUUAUCAGGAAGAGUCGACAAAGUUUUAGGCAUCAUUAGUUGUUAAUAUGUACACUUGAUAUGAUUCAGAAUUGUCGCUUCACAGUAAACAGCUGCAUGUAUGCUUUGUAUGUAGCCCUUAAACGUCAUAUAAUGGAAUUUUCUUUUAACAAAAUGAUCAUUUCCAUUGAAUUUUUUUCGUCAAACUUGUAAGAAACCAUCAACAUAAAUACGCAACAUAAUGCAUUAUGUUAUUGUUUGUAUGCAAUAAUAGUAAAAUGAUAUAUACUUACUUCUUAGAGUUUUGUUCUCAGCUCAAUAUUAAUUUUGCUUAAUUCAAUCGUUCGUGUAUACGAAAAUCUCUAAAUCUGAACAUGUUGAAUGUAAUAGCAACGGUACAGGUCAGAUGUACGGCACAUGUACAACCUGUGUACAAUUUGGUGACAAUGUUCUACGAUAACUGACAACGUCUUGAACAAUCAGAAUACACUCUACAUCAUGUAGAAUGCAACUUUGUGUUUGUAGUAUACUUGCACAAAGCACUUGUUCACAAACGUUCAUUUAGAAUGGUAGAUGGUGAUAUGUAAAGAGCUAACUGUUUAUUAUUAAGCUAUAGAGAACACUUUGUGAAGAAGUCGUUCACAACACAUGACAUGAUCAAAGAUACUAAAACAAGAUAGAACGGCUAAAUAAUAAUUAUUGAUUAAUACGGGAAAGCAGUACUGUGUAAUUUUUGUGACCGAGUUUGAUUCAAGAUUAUAAAAUACCACUUUGUAUGCUUACUCGAAAUGGAUUAAAGAUAUUUAGCAGUGAAUCAUGUACCUAAUGACACAGAGAGAAUGUCUCACUUUCACACAUGACACUAAUGACACAGAGAGAAUGUCUCACUUUCACACAUGAUACUUAUUACACAGAGAUAAUGUCUCACUUUCACACAGACACUAGCUACACAGAGAGAAUGUCUCACUUUCACACAUGACACUUAUUACACAGAGAGAAUGUCUCACUUGCACACAUGACACUAAUGACACAGAGAGAAGGUCUCACUUUCACACAUGACACUAAUGACACAGAGAGGAUGUCUCACUUUCACACAUGACACUAGCUACACACAGAGAAUGUCUCACUUUCACAGAUGACACUAGCUACACAGAGAGAAUGUCUCACUUUCACACAUGACACUUAUUACACAGAGAGAAUGUCUCACUUGCACACAUGACACUAGCUACACAGAGAGAAUGUCUCACUUGCACACAUGACACUAAUGACACAGAGAGAAGGUCUCACUUUCACACAUGACACUAAUGACACAGAGAGGAUGUCUCACUCUCACACAUGACACUAGCUACACAGAGAUAAUGUCUCACUUUCACACAUGACACUAGCUACACAGAGAGAAUGUCUCACUUUCACUCAUGACACUAGCUACACACAGAGAAUGUCUCACUUUCACACAUGACACUAGCUACACACAGAGAAUGUCUCACUUUCACACAUGACACUAGCUACAUAGAGAGAAUGUCUCACUUUCACACAUGAUACUUAUUACACAGAGAUAAUGUCUCACUUUCACACAGACACUAGCUA